AUGUCACCUUUGUAUGUGCCACGAAAGAGAAAAUCUGUCCAGUCACAACCGAAAAGUGGAGUGCCAUGUCCAGGUAAAAAAAAAAUCCAUACAUUCAGUCUUUGUGAACAGGGCACAGCUGACUUUGGUGUCACUUUUGUUUCUGGAGAUCAGAUACCUUCAUGUCUCACUGUGUGUGUUUCUAUGAUUUUAAAUGUCAAAUCCUCCACAGUUGUUCAACGAAUGCCAGAGAAGAGCUGUGAUUCAAAUUCAGUUGGAUAUCCCAAGGUGAGUAAUUUUAUGGUUUACUCAGUAAGAUGACAUACUCAAGGUUUGAUCUCUGCUUCACAGUCCUGCUCUGAAAUGUUUCAGGAUGAUGAGUCUGAAGAACAAGAGGCAGUAAAGAUGAAGAGAACAUACGGCAGAAAAAGGUGAGACACGCAGGAGGUACAGAGGCCAGAAUUGUUUUCUGUUCAGGUAUUUCAAUAUGAGCUCCAACGACAAAUUCUUGGGUUUUGGUGUCUGCCUCAAGUGGACACUUAAGAAACUGCAGUUUUUUGGACUUUUGACUCCAGGAGUGUUUAGUGGUGAAAAAGUGAGAGUUCACAUUUAUUUGAAGGAAUAGUAAGAGUGGAACUUUUUUCCAACAGGUACGAAGAACUCCAGAGCGUUUCCAUGGGAACAGUCGACUACCCAACCACCAGCUGCUUAGUCAUGUCAUCAGGUGGUCUUUCAAAUGGGGCAGAUCCUGGUUCCAUGGCUCCCCCCACUGCCAGGUUGCCUCAAGACCAGAGCUGGAACUCCAACAGGGACCGUGGUCCCGACGCCUGGGCUCCAGGUAGAGACCGAGGGCAGGACCAGGUCUGGAACUCUGGCAGAGACCGAGCGGGACACUCCAGUCAGGACCAGACAUGGAUUCCAGGCAGGGACAGGGCCCAUCCAGGACCAGACCAGGCGUGGAUGUCAGGCAGGGAUAGAGGUCCGGAGCAAGGCUGGGCAGCCGGCAGGGAUCGAGGUCAGGAUCAGACCUGGAAUGUAGGCAGGGAUCCUGAGAGAGACCGGGCUUCAUCAGGGCCAGAGCAGGCAUGGGGAACCGGUCAGAACCAAGACCAAGACUGGAGCAGAGACAGGGGACACGUCUGGAGACCAGGUACACAUUCAUCACCGCUGCACACCUGAUUUCUAGUUCUAGAGUUUUAGUUUUGUUCUGUCCGUUUAUUUGGUAUCAGUUUAGUUAAAAGUUGUGUGUUUGAAGUUUGGGUCUGAUGUACAAACCAAAUCAAGUUUGUCCUGAACUUUGUGCAUGUCGAAAACUUGUGAGUUAUAGUUUUGAAAACGUUCAACUUUGACAUAUUUGUUGACAGGAGUGUUUUACUUUUUUUUUUUUUUUUUUUUUGCUGUUUUGAAUAAAAACACAAUAUUUGAGUUCAAUAGACUCUAAUUUUUCUUGAUUUUGGAGACUGACUUCUUUCUGCCCAUCUUUCUCUCGAGACUUGAACAUGAAGAAAGUCCACAGAGGGGAGAUGGAGCGAAACCAACCUGCCAAUAACUUCACACAGCCAGCAGAGGGCAGAGAUUCGUGUAAGUAACUGUCCCGCCUGUAUAUGACAGGCUGAAAGUGAGAGACACAGAUCUAGACUUACUUCUAGUCUCUGGAAACUAACUUACAUUACAGGAUCACAAUGAGCAUUUUGUAGUCUAUUGAUGAGCACAGAAUAAUGAGCUUAAUCAAUCUGAAGGGGUUUGCUAGCUUCCAUAUUCAAUACCACAGAUGUGACAUGUGUCUGCAGUCUGGUAACACAUUUCUCAGACAUAUUAAAACAAACAUCUUCAUCACAGGUGGCAAUGCUUUAUGUAUCAGUGACAGGAAAAACCUCUAUGACUGUCAGAAUAUGUGGUGAGUCAGAAGGAAAAUUGAAUGAAACAGUGAAUAUUACAGGUUCAAAUGCAGCCAUUGUUGGAGAAGCCUCAACAGCCCAUUCCAGCGAGGACCAGAAACCCCCCAUCAUCUCCACCAAGAAGGAGCCUCCUACCUACCCACCAGGUGAGACUAAAUGACCCAAAGAGCGUCAAUAAGAGGAGCGAAUUCCCUCUACCUUUGGAUGUUUAACCUUUUCUCUUUGGUUCAUUGACAUGACCAGGAAGUCAAGAAGAGCGUUGGCAGCUCCAGAUUGUGGCCAAAGGCAGAGUCACAUGUCCAAAAUGUAAAAGUGUGAGCAGGAAGACCGUGGAGGGGCUGAAGAAACACAUGGAGAACUGCAGACUGGUGAGAACUCUGGGCUUAGUGUAAAUGACGAACCUCCUCGUGAUGAAAUGAUGCUAAUUUAGUAGAGUGAAAAAAAAUCUGCUUCUUGGAUUUAUUUGGAUUUGCCAAUGUAGGUACUGUGUAAAACAAAAAUCAACGGAUAGGCCUAGAAAAGUUAUAAUUUUGAAUAUGCACAAUAAGUACUUCUCUCAUGUUGUGCUUCUGCUCCUCCUAUUUCUGCUGUCUGAUUUUACAAGAGUCAUAUUCAGUAUCUUUGCUGAUGCUCUCCCUGCCUUGACUUUUCAUGUAUGCCAAUGAAACAGUGUGCUCUCCCAGUCUCAGGUUUUGGCCUUCCUCAUAUGUAGACAGAAAGGCAGGGAGCUCCUAGAACAGAGCUGUACCUAGGCCUAGGAUGAUAAUCAAUGAACAAAUUAACUAACAAUAAAUGGAAAUGAACUCAGUAGUUUUUCCGGCCUGGAUUUGUCGCCAUGUGCAUGAGUGUAUUUGUUUUCCCCGUCCCGUGCCUCCAAACACGCUGGAUGACAAGAGGGUUCACUCUGUGCAUCAGUCUCAGCAGCUGGGCGUGUUUUUGCCUUUGUGGAAUAAAAUGAAGGGAGUGAACCAUCUUGUCAGUCAUUCAGGAUCUUUGUAUUUGUGGGGGGAGGCGGAGCUGAUACAAACUGACUUUCGACUGACAAGAAGUAUCGCCCUCCAGAAAAUAUGUGAUACAUUAGCAUUACACAAGUGGUUAUUUUGGUCUCAAUAAUGUCAACAAUAAUAUCACUUAUCAUCAAUAUUUUGUGGGACAAUAUAUCGUCCUGCAAAAUUUGUUAUUGUCCCAGGCCAACUAAGAAAUAACUACUGCAACUACUGUGAUCAUUAAUUGGUGGUAUUUAAUUGGUCCUGGCUGAACUGAGGUUUAUGUUGACUAGUAUUAUUGGCAAAAAGUGCUGUUUUCAAUGUCACUUUUUCAUGUACGCAGCAACCCUUUACUUGUCAACACUGUGGGAAACAGCUCAAGUCCUCAACAGGGAUGAAGUAUCACGUCAUGGCUGACCACAGUCACCUGGUGAGAUGAUUUGACACUUAAUUACAAACUUCCUUCAUUUCUUAAAUUUCCGCUUUGUUUUGUUUUCUGUAACUUUUACACAUAGUUUGCCAGAUUUAUAUUUCUUGACUUCUUGAUGCUUUGGGUACACUUUUCUAGUUUGUUUCCUUGUCUGUUCUCAGCCAUCAGCUGAUGAUGCCAAGGACCUGGAUGAUCGAGUCAUCAAAGACAAACUUCGGAAAAUCCUGAAAAGACUGGGCAAAUUAAAAUGCUCCAAAGAGGUUAGUCUUGGGCGUUUAGAUUCUCAAUCUAAUUUUUCAGAUCCAGGGUAAAUCUUUUCUCCUCUUUCUAAUUCAGGGCUGUAAUGCUGCAUUCACCAGCAUCAUGGGCUAUGUGUACCACAUGAAAAAAUGUGGGAAGGAGGAAUCUGAGCUGGAGAAGAUGCUGCUGAACUGUUCCCACUGUGGGAAAACAUAUAAGUCCAAGGCUGGCCUGGAGUAUCACCUGAAAUCAGAGCACGCUCCUGUUAGUCAAGUAAAACAAAGUACAUCAGCAUGCAUUUACCUCAGACAGGGUGUUUUUAAGCAUCCGUUUUUUCACCUCUAGACACCCCUAAAGAGUGAAGAAGAUGAUGCCCUGAAGGCCCAGAGAGAAGCCAACCCAGAGAGGACGGCCAGCGGCAGAGUGCAGCGAGCAUCGGCUCAGGUGGCAAACUUCCAUCUGGCUGAGAUUGCCAACAAUGAACUGCCCAAAGACUGGCCCAAGAGGAAGUUCCAGUCUGACCUAGUGCCGGAUGACAAAAAGGUGAAGAAAGUUUGAAGUGCUAUGUUGCAGCAGCUGUCGUUACUAGUAUGUAUUGUUUGAUGAUUGAGGAACAGGUUUAGGUCAGGUUGUAAAGAAGACACACAUAAAUGGGUUAUGUUUUCUCUCCCUCUGACCUUCUCUAAGUGACUGUGUUUGUUUUACAGCUGAAAUACUCUCGACCAGGUCUGCCGGCCUUCAGCCAGGAGGUGCUGAGGAAGUGGAAGAAUGAGGUGAAGCUGCAGAGGAAAGUUCACUGUCCCAACCAGGUAGGAAACAUCUCACAGUGUCAGCUCAUGUUUAGGUUUGAGUGGAUGGAUACAGUUUUAUACUUUUCAGUUUAUUCCAGGAUUUGUCCUGAAAAGACCUUGAACAUUUACAUAAUUUCUAACUUUCUAACUUGUUUCAUGUCCUCAUUAGGGUUGUGGCUGCACCUACACCAGUGUGUCUGGACUGAAAGCUCAUCUGGGACUCUGCACAAGAGUAAGACUCUUUCCCUUAAAUUGACUUUUUCUUUUUUUUUUUUUUUGAUGAAAUGUUUUUAUAUUUAAGCAUUUGAGCUCGUGAUGGUCAUUUUUUUCUUGUUGUCAGGGUGACUUUGAAGCCGGCAAAUACAGAUGUCUGAUCUGCAACAAGGAGUUCAACUCUGAAAGUGGAGUGAAAUACCACAUCAACUCUGUUCAUUCACAGGUAAUCACACGUUUUAAAAACUGUCUUUAAUCUUCUAUGAAAUUAUGUUCUGUCUGGAGAUGCGACUGCAUGUGAAGUUUAAGUUCAGGAACCUUUGUAAGGUCACGUUUUACUCCCGUUUUCCUGACAGGACUGGUUUGUGACCAACAAAAAAGCCUCCAAGAAAUUCGAAAAGUUCCUUAAAAGCCAACCCAAGGAGUUUACCCAAAACGUGAACAAGCAGAACAUGGAUCAGUACCACCACAAUCACCUCCAGCACCAUCAGCAGCACCACCAACACCACCACCAUCAUCAUCAUCAUCAGCAGCAGCAGUUUCAGCACCAACCCCAACACCUGCAGCACCCUCUGCAGCCUCUGCACCACCUCCAGCACCAAACCCAGUUCCUCCAUCCAGAGCACCAGAACCUCCCCCCACAAGUGAACACUCAGCUGCAGCAGCCCAUGCUGCACUACACCUCUUUAGAGCCUCCGCCUGCACCCAUGUGGGUGGACAUGGACCGAGGGGAGGACGUGCCGGGUUCAGAGCAGGCGCCGAUUGAGAUGGACAUGGAUGAAAAACCAGUGGAGGACAACAUCGAGGAGGUGGAGGAGAAAAGGAGCGAGAAGGUGGAGAGAAGGAAGGGUGACGGGAAGCAGAAGGACUGCUUUUCCUUUGGGAGCGGUGGCAGCUCAUGUGGUGAAUCAGAGGUGGAGCAGCAGGACAGGCAGAGACAGAUGGACCAGUGGAGCCUGAAACGGCCAGGCGUCAUGGAAGCUCACUCUGAGGCUGGAAAACGACCAAGAAACACCUAA